UUAUAUUACAGUGUCGUGUGCCGCACCGGUCCCAGUCUUGUGGGGCAACAGUCAGCGGUUGUGGUGAUUGGCAAUCGCGCCGGUGUUACCCGGGCUCAGGAGAAAUUCCAAUAUAAGUCGGUUCACUUGAGUGAUGUCAACCCAAAAGUUGGUCCACAAUCGGGCGGCACCCGACUCUACCUGUCCGGCACUAACCUUAACAUCGGCUCCAAUACCGAGAUCUUCUUGGAUGAGUUGCCCUGUCGUGUGGAACGUUCGUUGGCGAGCAGUAAACAGUUGAGUUGUCGCACCACUCCUGCACCCCAUUCCUCAUUCACUGUCAGACAACUGGUGUUGAGAAUCGACGGCUCCAACCAUACGCUAAUGAAUCCGUUUCACUACACCAAAGACCCCACGAUUGACAGGAUAUACCCAUUGGAGAGCUUUUUGAGCGGCGGUCGACCGCUGGUGGUGUCCGGCAGUAACUUCACAUCCAUUCAGUCGCCAAGAAUUGCCGUCUUUGAUGAACAGAGUCUUGUCAACGAAACGUCGUGUCAUGUCAUAAACGCGACCACAAUGUCGUGUCCGUCACCCAAAGUCAUCGAAGAUGGCGUUCAGAGUCCUUCGCGUUCACCACAAGUACGCGAUGUCAGCAACAGUGGCCUUAAGUUGAAGAUUGGUUUCGUUAUGGAUGACGUCCAGUCUGUUAGAGAUUUACAAGAGUUUUAUCCAAUGAUUGCAUCGAAUUUAGUGUACGUUUUGGACCCAAAGCUGUUCCCAUUUGAAGACAAAGGCAUUAAGUUAUAUAAAGGAGAGUCUCUUGUGAUUGAAGGCGAGAAUCUGAGACUAGCGUCGAGUGAACACGAGGUGAACGUCACGAUCGGCACCAGGAGUUGUAACAUCACGUCAUUGAGUAUGACACAACUGGUGUGCUUCCCACCUGAUGUCCAACCGUUGGGAACCGAUGAAAUCGGACGCUCCACUGAUAACGACUUGCCCGCCGUUGUCGUCAAAGUGGGAAACCUUCGCUACGACAUCGGGUUCUUGAGAUACGAGGUGUCGGCCGCCUAUGAGUUGCCGCCACUAGUGAUCGGCUGUUUCGUAGCGGCCGGCGCUGUGCUAAUGCUGUUGAGUCUGAUCGUGUUGGCCAUAUUCAAGCACAAGAGCACACAAGCGGAACGGGAGUACAAACGGAUCCAAUUACAGAUGGAUACUCUCGAGAACAGUGUCCGAUCUGAGUGUAAACAGGCUUUCGCUGAAUUGCAAACCGAUAUGACUGACUUAAACAACGACUUGCAGACCACUGGCAUACCUACCCUCGACCACAGAGCCUACAUUAUCAAAGUCUUCUUUCCGGGAUUACCAGAUAAUGGGAGUCCUAUUUCGCUCGACUAUAAACUCUCCAACGGUCAUCCAUUCAAUAGCGAGGAAUCGAUGGCACACUUCGAGCAACUCAUAUACAACCGCUCCUUCCUGUUAGUGUUCAUCGAAACACUUGAAUACCAGAAAUCAUUUACAAUUCGUGAUAAAGUUAAUGUGGCGUCACUUUUGAUGAUUAUUUUGAUGGAGAAAAUGGAUUACGCCUUCGAUAUACUUCGAGAGCUAUUAAUAAAACUGAUUCAAAAGUACGUGGCCUCAAAGCACCCGCAACUGCUGUUACGGCGCACCGAAUCGGUGGUGGAGAAGCUGUUGACAAACUGGAUGUCUCUUUGCAUGUAUAAGUACAUCAACGAAGUGGCCGGCAGUUCGCUAUUCCUCUUGUUUAACGCCAUUAAGCAUCAGAUAGAGAAGGGGCCCAUCGAUUACGUGACCCACGACUCCCGGUACUCCUUGUCUGAGGAGCGACUGCUCCGGGAACAGGUAGACUACUCCGGUGUCACCAUUCAUGUUAUACAGGAGGGACUCGUUGAUAAAGUCCAGUGUCGUGUCCUUAACUGCGAUACCAUAAGUCAAGUGAAGAGCAAAAUCGUGGACAUCAUCUAUAAGAACGUCCCGUUUUCCCAAAGACCAACCGUUAAUGAGGUGGACCUCGAGUGGAGGCACGGGAGAGGCGGUCAUCUCAUACUCGCCGACGAAGAUCUCACUUCUAAAGUGAUAAACGGCUGCAAACGGAUCAAUACUUUAAGCCAUUACGGCAUUAAAGAUAUCGCUGUAAUGGGACUCAUAGUAAAGGAAAGGCGUUCGAGUAAUCACUUGUACGAAACCAUACCAUCGCACAGUCCGUCUCACUCGCCCUCCCGGAACAGUUACAACACGUAUUCAAACAACUACUCCAACCCCUACUCCAACAACUAUUCCCAUUAUUACAGUACUAUUAACACUAAUAGUACCCGAGUCUGUGAUGAUAGACAGGUGCGCACCUGGCAUCUGGUCAAACCCUUCGACGACAACCACACCGCCUCCUCCAAGGAUCAGCUCCACAAAGCCAUACCUGAGAUCUAUUUGACGCGACUUCUCUCCACAAAGGGAACGAUUCAGAAAUAUGUGGACGACUUCUUGUCCACAAUACUGACGGUCAACGAUAAGCUGCCCCUCGCUGUCAAAUGGCUGUUCGACUUAUUAGACUCAGCGGCAGCCGAUUAUGGCAUCACUGAUCCCGAGGUGAUCCACGCCUGGAAAAGCAAUAGUCUUCCGCUCCGAUUUUGGGUGAAUUUAGUCAAAAAUCCCGACUUCUUGUUCGACAUCGAAAAGUCAUCGGCAGUGGACUCGUGCCUAUCGGUGAUCGCACAGACAUUUAUGGACUCCUGUUCCACACAAGAGCACCGGUUGGGAAAGGACUCGCCAUCCAAUAAGUUGCUGUUUGCCAGAGAUAUCCCGGUCUACAGGAAAAUGGUGUCUAAAUAUUAUUCAGAGAUCGCGUCGUUGCCUCCCAUUCACGAGUCAGAUAUCGUCGCGAAUAUGAACGAUAUAUCACUUUCAUACACGGGUGAAGUGGAUACGUAUAACGCGUUGAGGGAACUGUAUGUCUAUGUGUCCCGAUAUAGGGAACAGCUAUUCGAAGGCCUCUGUUGUGAUGUUCAGAGUCAGAGACAGCACCUGCACCUCAAGUUGGAGACCAUAGCCUUCUCGAUGGGCAGUCAGGAAACAAUGUUAGUCUAAUCAGCCGUACGUCUCACC